ACCAUUCACUUUUAGUUCCUGAUUACCUGUAUACCGAUGACCAUCCUAGCUUUUUCUUCCAGGACACAAUGGACCCCCGGGGGCCAGCCCCCCAGCCUUUCCAGCGGCCUGAGAAACCUGGUCGUGUGCGCCGUCGGAAGACCAGGCGGCAGCGCAAUGAGGCCCUGAUGGGCAACCGCCGGCCAUUGACCCGUCAGGAUCCUCCUGUGGCCAGUCAGGAUCUCUCUGUGGCCCCUACCGCUCCCAAGCUUGUGGUCAUAACCCAGGGCCGGCUGAGCCGGGAGCACCGGGGUCUCUUCAACCAUGAAGUGAAAUCUCUGGACGUGGCACGGCUGCUUAGCUGUGAAUCCCUGGAGCCAGGCACCCCUUCAUUCCCCACCAAACCCUCCCCAAGCCCAAGCCGGGCCCAAGAACCGGCCCUGCAGUCAAGGGGCAAGGAGAACCAGGUUCCUAGAGGCUCGGGCCCAGGCCCACCCAGUCCCCCAGAGAUCCCUGGCUUGGGACAGCUGCUGGAGGAGCUGCAGUGCCAGCUGAUUCUGCCACAGGCCUUCCCCAGGAGGAACCUAGUGCAAGAAGCCAGGGAUGCCAUCGUGGGCACCUUACAGUCCUGCCAUGGCUGUGUGCCUGACCUCACCCUGGUGCUCCAUGACUUCCGGCCAUCCUUACCAGGGACCAAGCUUGGAGGCCCUGAAAGCCAAAGGAUGACACCCUCCUGGAUCAGCAGCCCUGAGCAGGCCCUAAGGGAGGGGAGGCAGAGGAGGCAACGGAGGACAAAGGAGCUUACCUUUGCUAUUUCUCACACCUCCAGCACUCCCAUGGUGCACAGGGUGAGCCUGGCACCGCCGAAAGGUCCCUGGCCACCACCCUUGCCCUUGUUGCCUUCACCAUCCGGGGCAGCCUGGGGCCCCCCAACAGCCUUUGACCUGCUGAAAAGCAUCUGGCUCGUAGCCACACCGCCCCCUCCCCGGCCCUGGGGGGUCGGGCCGCAACAACCCCUGCUUCAGCCACCAUCACCCUUGUUGCCUGGAACCUCUGCCCUGGACUGGAGCCCCAGCCCUCCUGCCCCACUGCCCAGCCUCUCCUGGGUAGUGGCCCAGAGCAGCCCAGAGGCCUGGUCCUUUCCACCCAUGAGACUGUACUGAUGGGGCUG